CAUAUCCAUUCUUUCCCACCUCCGCCACUAUCGCCGACGCCAGCACAGAACAAUCGGCCGGUGGCACCCCGACAGACCAACAAGAUACAAUAAUAUUAAUAAUAUGGAUGCUGAAGUUGAAACAAGGUUACAAUCUUUUAUAAGUCAGUUUCAGUCAGAGUUAGGCGUGCUUGAUAGAAUCAUUCACAAGAAUAAAAACCAACAUAGAAGAAGCUCAUAUUUCCAAUACUUGCUGAAGGUGAGGAGAGACUGUAAGCUUCUUCAAGCGACUAACCUGGAGGAAAUUGUUAGUUCAUGUUUUCUUGUUAUCAAUGGCAAUCGACCGAAGCAAAAAGUGCAGCUCUUGGAAAGUUUGAAGAGAAGAAAGGGUGAUGGUGGCAAACAUAAUUUUCUGGUGCGACUUCUGGGUGCUGCACGUCUACUUUCACAGAUGGUUGAGCCUAUGGUAAAGGCAGCUAUAGAAAUAUCUACUUUGCUUGCUCGAUCCUUCUUCAUGGGUUUUUCCACGACUGUGUUGGCCCUGCUUGCACGUUUUCGAGUUUUGACCCAGCAAAUAUUACUUGACGUUGUUUCAGUAUUCAACAUGGUUUCAUCUCUAUCCCAUAAGCGGCAGUCUAUUAAACUGAAUCAAGAAGGAAUUGAUGUUUUUAGGGAAUAUUACCCGAAAAAUGAGGAAGCUGUCUUUUUGGAGUGUAUCUGGGAAACUGAUAAGUUCAUCUUACUCGAGCGGAAGAGUGAACCGGAAAACAAACUUCCAGGGACAAUAGAAAAUGGUGUUGUAACUCAAGGUUUAUCUGCAGUGGAGUAUCAAAGUAUAGAAAUAAUCCUUGGAGACAAUGAACCAGUGGAUACAAUAGCGGACCGGACUCCCGAAAAAGGUACCACUCCCAUCAACAUGGACAGUCUUUCUUCACCGGAGGGUCUUACUAAUGAUUGCAAAGAAGUUGGCUGUCAAAGUGAUGCAAAAGAUCUUUCGGGUGUCCAAUCUCCUUCCAUCAAGACCCUAGGACCCGAACAGUUACCGAGCUCCAGUUUAUUGGCUCCCUCAGAUCCUCCAGUACCUAAACCUGAACCAAAAAAGAAAGUUGCAUUUAUAACUGUGAAGAGACCGCAACCUUCGAAUGCUAAUGACAUGGCGUUUCCAAAGAAGCCAAGAGACGGGGUUAAUGAUGAGAAAAAGGAUCCAUUUUUUUGUAUGCUCACUAGGGGGAGUAGUCUUUUUUGACAACUUGUGUAAUAUUUGUUUGUUUGUUUGGUAUGGAGAAUGCUUGAGCCAAUGAAAAUUGAGAUCCCCGAUAAUAACCUUCUCAUUGCCAUCA